AUGCUGGGACCUGCAGCAGAGUCGGAUCCAUCUCUCGCGUUGGCUGCUGAAGGAACCCGUCCGCUGCGCUGCCCCUCUCCAGAGAUCCGAUUUUUCUGUUCGGCGGAGAGGAGACGAGAAGCCCAGGGUGCCGCCCACCGCGACCCAGCGAAGCUUCUGAUUGCUGCGGAGUUCCAGGAACGCUUCCGCGGUGCCUCGAGCACCAAGCUCCCUCAGACCUAG